UGUGCAUCGGCGUUUCGUCUUCAAGCGAUCACCUUCGUAGGUAUACAGUUGCAAGUAAACCGUAGAAUAGAGAAAAUAUAUUUUAGCAGAGACUUUUUUUUUUUGCACACUAGUCCGGCUUCUUUAUCUUCGUUGCACAGAGCGACGCAACAACCCGUGCACGGUCAGAUACGACGAUACUAUGCUGGGCUGCUUAUCUAGAAGAGGCUACUGUCCCCUGGUAUGCCUAUGGGCACUGCUCCUUUCGCCUGUCAUGCCCCAUCAAAUUAACCAUCAUGAGCCAAGUGACUUCAGAGGCCAGCCCAAGCUGCUGUUGGUGUCCUUCGAUGGCUUCCGCUGGGACUAUGUUGACAGGGUUCCCACACCUAACUUCCAUGCCCUGAUGGAUGAAGGGGUGCGGGUGGAGAAAGUGGAGAACGCUUAUAUUACCAAAACCUUCCCCAAUCACUACAGCUUGGUGACGGGGCUGUAUGCUGAGACACACGGUAUUGUGGCCAAUGAGAUGUAUGACCCGGUUCUGAACCGAUCCUUCUCCAUGGAGACAGACAGCCUUUAUGAUUCACGAUGGUGGGAGCAGGCAGUUCCUCUCUGGGUGACCAAUCAGAAAGCAGGAGGACGGAGCGGAGCGGCAAUGUGGCCCGGUUCCGAUGUAGAGAUCCACGGGACAUACCCGACUAAGUAUCUCCCAUACAAUGCAUCGGUCUCCUUCGAAACCCGAGUAAAACAGAUCAUCGAGUGGUUCACGGCACCUGAAGGGGAAGCGGUGGAUUUUGGAGUUCUGUACUGGGAGGAACCAGAUGAGAGUGGGCACAAUGUCGGACCUGAGAGUUCACUCAUGGAUGUGAUCAUUGUUGAUAUUGAUGAGAAGCUUGGUUUCCUCCGAAAUGAGCUGAGGAAGGCAGGGCUAUAUGAAAAUGUGAACCUGAUAGUCACCAGUGACCACGGGAUGACCCAGCUUUCAACUGAUAAGAUUAUAGAGUUGGAUGAGUACGUGAGCAGAGAACUAUACACCUUGGUAGAUAAAAGUCCAGUGGUGGGAAUACUUCCCAAGGAAGGGAAGCUGGAGGACGUGUAUGCAAUGUUGGUGGACGCAAACCCCCACAUGAUGGUGUACAAGAAAGAGGAAAUACCGGAGCAUCUCCACUACAGACACAACGUCAGGAUCAUGCCCAUUUUGAUAGAGGCCCGGGAGGGCUGGACUGUCAAGCAAAACAAGACUGGGCCCUUCAUGUUGGGAAACCAUGGCUAUGACAACACCUUACCCAGCAUGCAUCCCGUAUUCGUGGCUCGUGGGCCAGCUUUUCGCCAGAAUUACGUCAAGACCUCCAUGCGCUCUGUAGACCUCUACCCGCUUAUGUGCCACAUCCUGUCUCUCCACCCUUUGCCAUGCAAUGGAUCCCUCUCCAACAUUCGCGACCUCCUCUCUCCGGAGCCCUCUACCCCUGCACCCAGCAUCCCAGCCAGGGUCAUUGAGAAUUCCUACGCCCCCGCCGUGGGCUCGCUGCUUGGUGUGGUGAUGGUGCUGGGCUUCCUGGUGGUUUUUGUCAGACAAGUGACUCUAAGACAGCUACCCACACUGCCCCUCAGAAGCAGGGAGAUGUCACAGCCCCUUCUGCAAGAGGACUUGCACCUUUAGGUGAGGGGGAAAAAAAUAACCAGAAUUAUGAGCAAGACAAAAAAAGAAGAGGAGGUACUACUCCCCAAUGGUGUAGAUGGUCUGCUCUGUCCAGAAGCAACCCCUAAACCCUUUCACUCCCUUACUAAACACCAGCGUCUAUCCUUUAUAUUAUUUGGAGAUGAAGGGAAACUAUUAUGUCACUGCUUAUUUCCCCAGCUGAUUAUUAUGUUCAGAGGCACACGUGGAGUGUUAAAUGCUGGCUUGUUUGAGUUGAGGGGAUAGGGGCAAAGUGUCUAGGGUUUGUCUCUGGAACGGGUCUAAUGGAGAAGAAACCUUUACACAGGCUUUGUAGUAGCUUUGCUUUGAUUGUGAUUUUUGUUUACCUGAUGUCAUCUCGCCAUUAUCAGUGUUAUCUCAUCUGAGAAAGUUACAAGGAGUGAGAGGAAUUUUGCUGUGCAAUGCUGGUGAAUGUGAACAGACGUGACUGAAAUAACACCACAACCCGACCAUAAUGCCGGAAUGACCACCGCUUGAUCAGAUUUGGCCUGUCGCACAGUAAGAACAAGCUAGCCCUUAUUGUGUUAUUAGCAUUAGCAUAGCAUAGCUUAGUCAGAGUCUAAGCACUAAAUCGGGAGUUGCUCUGAAUAAUGAACACCGUGAUCGAUAUAUAAAAGACAACAACUCAAGGACGAGCAUACAAAAUGCUGCAGUGUUAAGAAACAUGCCAUUGGCUCAGCGGAGUCGGUGUUUUCUUUUUUUAAGAAUGUGACAAUUUGACGGAUCAAAGUUAUUCAUACCACUUAAGAUGUGAGACUCACUGAAAUGUGCCAACCUGCUGCUUAUAUAGGUGUAGUUUAUUCCAUCAGCCAGUCACAUUACUACCUUACUCUUCAGUAGUCAAUUACCAUUUGCCUUUUAACUUCAUGGAGAUCUUCUCUCUAAAGUGUGCAGUUGUGCAUGCAUGUGUGUGCGUGUGUAUGUGUGCGUGCAUGUGUGUGUGUGUGUGUGUGUGUGCGUGUUUCAAUUAGUUUAUUAUUUUUUUAGAUUGUGUGUUUGAUGACAUAGUAUUUCUGUACAAAUGGCUGUACUUCCUCUUGUCCAAUGGUACGUUGACUGUCAUAACCAUGGCCAUGUGCUUGUGAAAUGUGAAGUGCAAUUGCUACUGGUCAGUAUUUUUGUCUUAGGGAUUAUGAGGGUUUUUUUUGUGUGUUGUUGUUGUUUGGUACGAGAAGACUACGUAGGCAUGACUUGUGAGAGCUGAUCCCCUGAUUUGCACUAAAGGACAGAAAGGAAACAGAAAGAAGGGGCAGUAGUAGGUUGCUUUUUAGGUCAUGUGUCAUUUGCACUCCUUGUUCGUAGAUGCUAUAUGGAAUAAUAAGGAAAAAAAAAAAGAUGGGUGCCUCUUACCAAACAGCUUUUUAAUUCACAUAAACACAAGAGCAAACUAGAAGCCAGUUCUCUCAGUCUUACUCACGCAAAUAUUUUUUUAAAGAUCUUUUCCGAAUGAUUUUGCCCUUAGACUUUUAGAUUCAUUAACUAAUUCCUGUGCCCAAAAAUGACAGACACCACUGUGAUGUACUUUUUACAAAAUUUGAAUUAAUGAAAUAAGAGCCUUUAUACAAAAAUUGCUAAUUUUCUGGGAAUUACCAUAUGUUUACUAAAUGAAGUGUUGUCUGAAACGUAAUAUAUACUUCUGAUUAGUUUGAAGCUUAUGCAUCGAAAAAAAACACAUAUAUUAGAUCAGGUUUAUUUCCGUUGAUUUGGAGGAUGCUACAUAUGAAUAUUAACUUAUUUAAAUACAAAUUUGUCAUGUUAACACGAAUCAAUCUGUUCUCAAAUAAAAGGAACUUAUG